UUGGUUUGAGGCAUACCGCACGUGAAAUAUAGACCAAUUACACAAUGUCUUUAUCGCACUUUACUGUAUUAUGUUUUGUUGUGUGUCAAUGCUAUAGUGUAGAAAUAUGGGAUAAUAAAGACAAAUUCCUGUAUUUUGGCUAUGGUAGUAACCUUUUAAGUAAAAGAAUACACAUAAAUAAUCCAACGGCAACCUUCUUCGCGCCAGCUAAGCUGUCAGGUUACAGGUUGGAUUUUAAUACUUUUUCGCCCUUUUGGAAUGGCGCUGCAGCAACUAUCGUGGAAGAUCCCGAUAGCCACGUGUGGGGUGCUCUCUGGACACUUGACAACGCUGAUAUGAAGAGUUUAGACAAACAGGAGGGCGUCGACACAAAUUUUUACUACGCUAAGAACGUGACAGUAUUCACAUCUAGAGGACAAGCCUACCUUGCACGAACCUACAUAGAAACAAUAAAUCCUACAAAAGUUCCAAGCUAUGAAAUACCACCGGAAAGACAGCCAUCGAAUACCUACAUGCAGGUUAUCAUCAUCGGAGCCUAUGAAAGUUCUUUACCAGCUGAGUAUAUUGUUUUCCUCAAAACUUUUCCCACUAAUGGUAAACUCGGAAGCAAGGAAGUUAGAGAAAGUCUCGGAUAUCCGUUCAACGUCUCUUAGUUUUAAUUAAUCAACAUAACUGAAAUCGUGGAGCUCAAUGAAAUAUUCAGAUUAAUAAUUGUGAACCGUUGUGAAGGCAAAAUAAAAAAUAUAUUUUAAGAA